CCACCGACAGACAGCCAGACGGACAGCCAGACGGACAGCAUGAACUGCAUCGGCCACUUCGACAACUUCUCGGGCGCCGUCUUCCCCGGCUGCUACUGGGGCAGCUACGGGUACCCCCUGGGCUACAGCGUGGGCUGCGGCUACGGCAGCACCUACUCGCCCGUGGGCUACGGCUCCGUCUUGGGUGGGAGCCAGGUGCCCGCGCCGCCUGACUUGGAUGCAGCUCCGAAGCCAAUGGGCGGCUUUGCUCAGAGCCACCCAAAGCGGGACAACGGGUGCCCAGUGGACUGUCCAACUCACGGCUUCCUGGUGGCUUAG